GCAGAAUUGGCAACAUUUCUUGUCGACGUGGGAAGGGAGGGAUUCGGACACAAACAAACGGCCACGGGUUUGAUGUUGGGCUAUGUUACAGAUAAAUGUGACAUGUCAGGUGUGUUUGAUAGAUAACUCCGUGACAUUUUAAACAUGUGGCUCCAACCUGAUGAGAAUCUGCUGAAAAACGCGUUUAAAUUAUGGGUCACCGAGGAGGAUAACGAGUAUUUCGUACUGCAAAGGAGACGGGGUUACGGAGAAGGUGGAGGCGGUUUGACAGGCCUCCUUGUGGGAACUCUGGAUACUGUGUUGGACUCCACAUCCAAAGUUGCUCCCUACCGCAUUCUACACCACACACCCGACUCACAAGUGUAUUGGACCAUAGCAUGUGGUGUCACCAAAGAGGAGAUUGUUCAGCACUGGGAUUGGCUGCAGCAGAACAUCAUGAGGACACUCUCUGUUUUUGACUCCAGCGAAGACAUCACCAGCUUUGUACAGGGAAAGAUUAGAGGUCUUAUUGCUGAGGAGGGGAAAUCAUCCCUGGUGCAGGAGGAAGAUCCCGAGAAGUUCCGAGAAGCACUUUUGAGGUUUGAGAAGUGGUUUGAGCUGCCACCGAAGGAAAAACUGGUCACAUAUUACUCAUGCAGCUACUGGAGAGGCAAAGUGCCCUGUCAGGGCUGGCUCUACCUCAGCACAAACUUCCUCUGCUUCUAUUCAUACCUGCUGGGAGCUGAGGUGAAACUAAUCAUCUCCUGGGAUGAGAUCUGGAGGCUGGAGAAGACCUCUAACGUCAUCCUGACUGAGAGCAUCCAUGUCUUGGCUCAUGGGGAGGAUCACUACUUCUCCAUGCUGAUGCACCUUAAUGAAACAUUUGUUAUCAUGGAACAGCUGGCUGACUACUCCAUCAAGCGCCUUUUUGAUAAAGAGGCCUUCCAGAGAGAGCCAGCGCUCUCCGACCCCAUGCAAAUUACCAAGAGAGGCCUCGAAGCGCAUGCAAAGAGUGAGCAGUUCCGGACAUUUUUCAGGCUUCCCAAAGAGGAGAACCUGUUAGAGGUGCAUGAGAGCUUCCUGUGGGUGCCCUUCAGCCAUUUUAACACACUUGGCAAGAUCUGUCUGUCUGAGAACUACCUGUGUUUCGCCAGCCAAGAUGGAAGCCAAUGCCAUGUCAUCAUUCCAAUGAGAGAAGUUAUUAAUGUUGAGAAGUCAGACUCCAGCAGCAGGGCUUUAACGGUGUGUGUGCGUGGCAAGAAGGCGCUGCGUUUCGCCGAGGUGCGGGACUACCAGCGACUUGCCAACUCAAUCCGUAGCAAGUGUGGGAUAAGUGCGAGCCCUCAGCACUCUGCAUCAUCGGACGCCAUACGAGGCGCGUGCCAGUCCCUCAUCAAUCACUUUGAGGACAACCCAGAGGACGUAACACUGAUGGUAGGACAGAAAGACAGCAGCAAGGCUGUAAGCACCGAGGCCCUCAUGACUGUUUUCCACCCCCAGGAUGUUGAAAACCUUGACCCCAAAAUGCUUAAAGAAAAGAUGAAGGAACAGUCUUGGAACAUCCAUUUUUCUGAAUAUGGACGUGGCACAAGUAUGUUCUUCACCAGAAAGACACGAGACCUGAUUGUUCGUGGUGUUCCUGAGGCCUUGAGAGGGGAGCUGUGGAUGCUCUUUUCAGGAGCUGUGAACGACAUGGCCACUCAUCCCGGCUAUUACACUGAUCUGGUUGAACAGUCUCUGGGCACAAGCACUUUGGCGACGGAUGAGAUCGAGAGAGACUUGCACCGCUCUCUGCCAGAGCACCCUGCCUUUCAGAGUGACACUGGAAUCUCAGCUCUACGCAGAGUGCUCACUGCCUAUGCAUACAGGAACCCUAAAAUUGGCUAUUGCCAGGCCAUGAACAUUCUCACCUCAGUUCUCCUGCUCUACGCAAAAGAAGAGGAGGCUUUCUGGCUCUUAGUGGCUGUCUGUGAGAGGAUGCUGCCGGAUUACUUUAACCGCCGAAUUAUUGGUGCUUUGGUUGACCAGGCGGUGUUCGAGGACCUGAUUCGAGAAAACCUCCCCCAGCUGGUGGAGCACAUGACAGACCUGAGUUUCUUCUCAUCCGUGUCCUUGUCGUGGUUCCUCACUCUCUUCAUCAGUGUCCUGCCCAUAGAGAGCGCUGUGAACGUGGUGGACUGUUUUUUCUACGACGGCAUAAAAGCUAUUCUGCAGCUCGGCCUGGCAGUGCUGGACUACAACAUGGAGGCUCUGAUCAGCUGCCAGGACGAUGCAGAGGCCGUCACCAUCCUCAACAAAUUCUUUGACAGUGUGACAAACAAAGACAGCCCUUUGCCUCAAACAGUGCAGCAAGCUUCAGUGAGCAAUAACGAUAAAACAUCCCACAUUAAUGUGGACAUCAGUGAACUGAUUAAAGAAGCCUAUGAGAAAUAUGGAAAUAUCCGUUCAGAGGAAGUCGAGAGUUCACGGAAAAGAAACAAACUGUAUGUGAUCCAGACACUGGAGGAUACAACCAAACAAAAUGUGAUCCGGGUGGUGACCAAUGAAGUCAGAUUCAGUCCCUCACAUUUGGACAGGCUUUAUAACUUGUUCAAAAGGCAGCAUUUCCUCUGCUGCUACUGGACAAUGAAGAGUCCGGCUCUGCUCCAUCAUGACCCCAGCCUGGCCUAUUUGGAGCAGUACCAGUUGGGUUUUCAACAGUUCAGCAUGCUCUUCUCCCUGCUGGAGCCCUGGGCUUUCUGCAACCCCAAGAGCACCCUCUCCCUCUGGAUCUUCCGCUUGAUAGAUGAGAACCAGGACGGCCUCGUCAACUUUAAAGAGUUCUGCUGUGCUCUUGAUACUUUGUACAGUGGAUCGUUCACAAAUAAGCUGAAAUUCCUCUUCAAGCUGCACCUGCCACCAGCUUUUACAGGUAGUCCUUUGCACAUUAAGGAACAAAGAAUCCAGCACUUUACUCCAGUGCCUGAAGACUCUUCUCACUUGAGUAGACUUGCUGCAUUUGAUCUACCAGAAGAUGGUGUGAUAAGGAAAAGCCCUGAAAGAGGUAGAGGAAAAGUGGACCUGCAGGCCUACCUGAAACAAUGGCAAAACGAAAUACUUAAAAAAGAGGAAACCAUCAAGGACCUACCCCGAAUUAAUCAGACUCAGUUCAUCCAGUUCUCCAAGACCCUGUACAACAUUUUUCAUGGCGAUCCAGAGGAGGAGUCGCUGUACCAAGCCGUGGCCCACGUAACCAGCCUUCUCCUGAGGAUGGAAGAGGUGGGACGGAGGCUGCAUGAGUCAAGCAGCCCGCCCGAGUCCACAAAACCUGCCAACACUGCUGCUGCGGAGUCUUCAACCCAAGAAGGUUCUACUACCCCAGAGAACUCUGGGACCUCCAGCUCCUGCAACAGUCGGGAUGCAGGGCCCGACCUCACAGAGAUGGAUUGGUCGUUUUCGUUUGAGCAGGUCCUGGCUUCUCUGCUCAACGAGCCGACCAUAGUCCGCUUCUUUGAAAGGCCUGUUGACAUUCAGACUAAACUGGGACAAGCUAAGGUUGCCCAGCUGAAACUAAAGGCAAAUAAGUGAAAGGAUACAUUACUGAAUUGAUACUUUAAUUCUAAUUAAAACCCAGAUAUCACCAUGAUUUUCCUUUCUCCACUUGGAUAGGGCAGCAGUUUUUUUUUGCAAGGGAGACAGUGAAAUAACUGCUAAAGUGGUAUCAUAAAUGAAAAGGAGACAUCAGGUUUUAAAAUCUGCGGUGCAAAGUGUGUGUGUGGCUUCGAUGAUGAUGAUCAGCAACGAUGGCUAAUGAAAAAAAUAAGUCACUUUAAGACACAAGCACUGUUGUUACAGUCCAUUGACCAACACCUUCAGUGCAUUUUCAUGUUAGGCCUUGUUGCGUACCGUAAUCUGUCAAAUCUGAUUAUGCAUUAGGGUUUUACAUUCUCUUAUGUAGCCUCAGAUUUUUGGGAUUUUAUGAAAAUUUAGUUUUUUUCCCUUUUUAUGCCAUGAAGCACAUACAUUAUAGUUUUGUUUUGUGCAUGGGAUAUACAGUACUGUCCCCUAUAUUUAGAAACAUGACAGAAGAGUUUGUCCUUCCGUCUGUCUCAUGCUGAGGUUCACAUCCAUAACCGGAAGAUUCUCCCUCUUGAUAUCUUGAUACAUUUUCUUUUUGCAGAUAACUAGGCACUGCGAUAGUGAAACAAACUGUAAAUGCUGACUUGUUCCGUGAAUUUAGUGUCUACUGUUCUUAGGCAGCAUUAGUGUUAUUCCGUAAAUGUCAAUUUAUUGUGAGAAAACACCAGCAUUCCAGUUGGAGACAGAAUAGACAAUAGUACAGUGAGUAAGGAUAAGCAGUAGUGUUGUCCUUGAAAGCCAUAAUAAAUUCAGCGAUUAUCUGAGUGAGGAUGUCAGAUACAUUUAAUGGAGAGCAUGAAAGAUUCAAUUAUGGUAUUAUACAUUUGCAAUAACACACAAGAGGAUGCCGUACUGCCACACUCAUUUGUCUCGUUCCCCCACAUGCAGUAACAAUAUUUUAGCAUGACUUCAAGUAUGUCAUACUGGAAACAAUGGUCUGUCAAGGUAAAAUAGCUUGAAUCUAUAGUUCUGCUGCAGGGAAACCUUCUGCAUACGCUUCAGAUAAUGUGCAGUGCGUUAUCUUCAGAGUGUGAUUGUUUGAUGUACUGUUCGCUUAUGUCCGUCUUACUGUAUUUGUAGGAUGUUCUCUAGUAUAAGUGCAGCAUUUUGUACAUAAAGAUCAGUUUAAAUGUUGUUUACUGUAUAUAUAAGGCUUAAGAUAUGGAGCUUUUGAAGGACAUUUUGUUUUAUCAAAUCUCAGGGUGCAAUUUGUGUAAAAUAAUAAGGAGAAAAGGGAUAUUUUAUUCAACCUGAGAUAUAUAAAGUAUAUGAGUUAUAUAUGGCUUACAAAUGUCUGUAACAUUAAAAUAUUGAGCAUGUGUAGCAUAGUUACAGGAUUUGCCACAUUAUGCUAGCUUUCAAUGAAUAGCAAGUAUUACUGCUCGCUAAAGAAAGCCAGAUUUGGCUUUCAAUAUUUUAGUUUCCUUUUUAUCUGUGCAAUUUCUGCUGCCUUUUUUUUGCAUCUAUCUCAGUGAAUCAUUUGCACAGAUUUUUAAGAUUCAUACUUGGUGAGAAAUGCUCGUAUCUUGGCCAGAUCUCAAAGGCGUUAGAUUCCAAAAGGUCAUGACUGCUGCAGCUGCAGCUUGUCAUCUCAAGGGGCCAUAUUCAUAGAGCUUUAUCUCUGCUUGUCUGGGGGGGGGGUAAGAAGCUGUUAAAGCGCAAGUGCAAUUCUGUGUCCUAUAUUUGUCUUUAUUUGCUGUUUAAUUUAAGAUUUUAGGAGCAAUCUGAAAUGUAUUUCAUUUUGUAAUUAUUGGGUUAGAUAGUUUCAGUGAAUUCUACAUACUCUUUGAAAAUAAGCUUUUUGCAAAGACCCAUCACUCAUUCAAACUGAACAGACAAAUUUCUCACUGGUUACGUGACUAAUGUAAAAAAAUAAAUAAAUAGACAGAAUAUUAAAAUACUCCUCAUUCUUCUUUGAUGUGUUACUGCUUAAAUCCAAAGCUCGAUAUGUGAUUUCAGGCUAGAACCUAAAGCCAUAAUGAAACUACUGAAGUGGCAGAGUUUCAAAACAGCAACUCUAUUUCCAUUAUUUAAAACAAUCAUGGUCUGACCAUUUCAGUAUGGAUGUUCCCCGGCAGUUUCAUGCUGCAUUUCUAACGUCUCUGAAUGUCAUGAAAUUAUUAUUAUUAAAUGCAAAUUACAACCUCUUGGGAUCUUUCUGUGAGGGUCCUGAGUUUCUCAUUUUAUUUAAUUGCUUAGUCUAUUUCGGACUAUUUGAGAAUAUCUUAAAGAUUAGAAAUUUUUGCUCUCAAGAAUUCUUGUGCAGGGCUUUAUAGAGAAAGACAUGUUGAAAAGUGAUCAAAACAAACCCUGGGAUGCCCACUAAUAUCCAAACUAUUUCUUUAGGCAUAGCUUUUGGAAAAAAAAAGGCCCCUAAGAUGAUGUUUUCUAGCUCCAAAUAGCAAGUGGUUUCCGCUUGGUAGGGAAAUAAAUGAAAGUAGAUGGCUUUUUCAUCCCUCUGGCAUGCUGUCAGAUUUGCCAUUAAGCAUCAGAGUGUAUACAGUAGGCAAGGAUACUUCUCCAGUUCCUACAUAAGUAUAUGAUUAAUCAAGUCCUCAGAUGUGCAAGUGUAGUCUACAGCUUUUAUAGCCUGUAGAUUUUUGAUCAAAAGCUUGUUUUGCAAAAUAUGGGUAGCACAUAUAUUUCUGUUUACCUGCUUGAUUAUGAUUUAUGAAUUUUGUAUGUCCAUUCAAAGGUAUCAGAAUAAAGAGUGAUGAUUCUAUGAAUAAUA